AUGGCAGGCAUUGAGCAAUUGGAAAUCCACAGCAAGGCCUACAUUGUACGAUGGGUCAAAGUAGAUGUUGGCCACACCAUCUCCUGGAGCGUGCAACCUCACAAGAAGUCCAUUAACUUUGGCAUUGUUAAGCACCCCGGGACCGGCGAAACGAAUCUGACCUCCUUGGCCGACGAUGCAGGGCUUGCCGAUCAACACACCGAAUGCGUCGCCGAGUCGAAACCCGGUCUCUUUGCGAAAAGGGAUGCUAGUACCGCCCAAGAUCAGCUCGCCAAAAAGGGCUUUAUACCGAUACACUGGCAUGGAAAAUGCGAAGCAGACAAGGUCUCGGUCGGCACCUACGAUGUUACACAGGCUGGCAUGUUUGGCCUAGUUUUUGACAAUACCUUCUCGAAGCAAACAUCCAAGACGGCGACAUUCGUCCUUCUAACAUAUCCGACCGGCGCCCCUCCUCAGACUGCACGAAAUCUACCCAAUCUACAGGCGGGACCUCUUGCCAGCGCGAGUAGGACGAGCUUGGGCAAGCAUGGCAGCCCCCGGCUCGGUGCUGCUGCCUCGGAAUCCGUCGACAGUCUACCCAGCCACACCCGAGGACGCGCAUUGUCCACAGCUACCGCUGCCGGUAAGAGUGAGAGCGGCGUGUCUAGCUCCUACCAUGUUGGCGUCCUGCUCAAGAGGAGGCGCAAGAAGGGGCAGGGCUACGCCAAGCGUUUCUUCUCUCUGGACUAUACGACUUGUACUCUGUCUUACUAUCAUAACCGCAACUCCUCGGCUCUUAGGGGGGCUAUUCCGCUUAGCUUGGCUGCGGUCGCAGCGGACGAGAGGAGACGCGAGAUUACCAUUGACUCUGGAGCUGAGGUAUGGCACUUGAAAGCAUCGAAUGCCAAGGAAUUCAGCGAUUGGGCACGGGCGCUGGAACGGGCAAGCAAGAUUGCUCGGGGGGUGGAAUUGCCUGCCACUCAACCAGUGUCCUCGGAAAGUCAGGGGGGAGUUGCACCGGCACCUCAUAUCACCAUUCCGAACAGCGCGCAAGACGAGGAGAGGGAGUGGAGGCAAGUUGAAUCUCUGGUCAGCAGGAUGGUAGGCACCAGAGAUGCUCUCCGCCGCCUGGUAAAGGAUAUGGCUGUCGAAAAGCAGCCACUUAGCGGCCAUGGAUACCUUUCUCCAAGCACUCCUACACUUCCAGAGGAGACCGAGGGUUAUUUCGGCCCGCCGACAACCGCAUCAGCAGCAGAUAAAAAGUCUUUCUGGAAGCGCAAGGCUAGCGGCGCCGCGUCUCCUCUCACCCCCCAGUCUUUCCAGACAGCUGCCAGUUCCUCGUUGACAAUACCAGCAUCGGGCCAUAGCACCCCAACACAAAAUGGGUUCAAGAAACAAUAUGGUGCUCUCCAGCAGGAAGGGCCAAAUACUCUGGAGAAUUGCACCGCGCUGUUGAGCGAUCUGGAUUCAGUCGUGAUGGAGUUCUCGACUCUUCUCGCCACCAGCAAACGGCGACGGUUGCCUGCACAAUUAUCUGCUCAGCCAAGAGCAAGCAUUGAGUCGUCCACUUCAACGGUCGACGAGUUCUUUGAUGCUGAAGGCGGUGAUGCGGAUAGGUCGACAAACCAGCUGAUGAUCAUCGAGCACCAUAGUGAGGAUGAUACCCAGGCAUCAGAUGUUGAGGAAUCGAUCCACGAGUCCUCGUCUGUCUCUUCGAUUGAAGAUGAAGACGACUAUGCUCAGAACGCAGAGGGUGGUGCCAACCUGUUCCCACCAAAGCCGAAAUCAUUGAUCCCCCUUCCAAUCACGGAACCAGUCACCAGACGCAAGACGAUCCCGCCAGCCAAGGUAGCGCCCCCAAGUUUGAUCGCGUUCGUCCGCAAGAACGUCGGCAAGGAUCUUAGCACGAUCAGCAUGCCUGUUUCUGCCAACGAGCCGACGUCGUUGCUCCACCGCGUUUCUGAACAGCUCGAGUACGCUCAGCUUUUGGAUGCGGCGGCUAAGCAUCCUGACCCCAAGGACAGGUUGUUGUACAUGACUGCAUUUGCGAUCUCUGGGUUCAGCAACACCAGGGCAAAGGAGAGGUCGAUUCGCAAGCCCUUUAACCCACUCCUUGGUGAAACCUUUGAGCUUGUCCGUUCCGAGGCAGAAGUGCCUGGUGGUUUCAGGCUUCUUGUCGAGAAGGUCACUCAUCGUCCUGUCCGGUUGGCUAUGCAAGCUGAUAGUGCGCUGUGGUCUUUCUCUCAGUUCCCGGCUCCGUCCCAGAAGUUUUGGGGUAAAUCUGCCGAGAUUACCACUGAAGGCCGGGUAAGGGUUAGCUUGCGUUUGCCAGACGGCACAGACGAGCACUACAGCUGGACCAUUGCCACUGUUUUCUUGCGCAACGUGGUCAUGGGUGAGAAGUACGUCGAGCCGGUUGGGAGCAUGAACGUGAACAAUGAUACGACCGGGGCCAAGGCUGUCAUCGAGUUUGUAGCAAAGGGUGUUUUCGGCGGCAGGGGAGAAGAGGUCAAGGUGGAGACGUACGGCCCCAACGGCAGCAAAUUGGGUGCUGGGUUGGCGGGCACUUGGACCAACGGACUGAAAGUCGUGCCGGGAAACAAGGAAAUCUGGAAGCCGGGGCAGUUGGUCGAGAAUGCGGUGAAUACCUAUGGUAUGACUACCUUUGCCGCCAGUCUGAACGAGAUCACGCCGAUUGAAAAGGGGAAGCUGCCGCCUACGGAUACGAGGUUGAGGCCUGAUCAGAGGUUUGCGGAGCAAGGGGAUUUGGACCAGGCGGAGGAGUGGAAGGUGAAGCUGGAGGAGGCGCAGAGGGUGAGGAGACGGGUGUUGGAGGAGAGUGGGGAGGAGUAUAAGCCCAAGUGGUUCGUCAAGGUUGCCGGGGGGGAGGGCCAAGCGGGGGAGGAGGUGUGGAAGUUGAAGGGAGGGAAGGACGGGUAUUGGGAGGAGAGGGCUAGGGGGAAGUGGGAGGGGGUGGUGGAUAUUUUUGCUGGGUAG